AUGUCACGGGAGACGGUAAAGACGGUACCGCCAUGGGUCAUUCGCCGACCUCCACAGACUGUAUACCCGCAACGCAACCAUGACCCCUCUGAGGCGCGGUACAAUCAAGGACCCUCUGGCGGUUCGGUGCCUAACGGCAAGGGCCAAGAGCAUGCUGGCGAAAACGGCACCUCUGAGGGAUUGAAUAAGCCCGCGCCAAAACCUGCCGGAACGACAGCACCGUCCCCAAUACCAAAGCCUCCUGCCCCGACGCCUGCGGCUGCCCCUAGUCUGAGAUAUCGCCUAUCGCUCUUGUUCCGACCAAAGGAGGGCCGGAAAUGGGACCAUCUGCGCUCGGCUGAACCUGUCAUCGUGCCACAGUACCACGUAACCAAGGGGCCGACAACAUACAGGACAGAAUGGGACAGACACACACCUAGGAGGCCGGGCGCACCGGGCGCGCCGAGUGGAAGCAGUGCACAAGCAGGGGCCAGCUCAUCGGCCUCUGGUCAUCCGGACGCGUCUGCGGCCACGGCGAGAACACCGUGGUGGUACAACCCCGAGUCGCAGUGGCACGCCUUUAUCGAGUCCACGCGCUACCCGCACGCGGCAAACGAGAAGUCCGAGAUACUGGACGACGAAGAGAUGCAGCGGCUUAAUCUCAUGGACUUUGGCUAUCUCUCGUCGCUGCAUCCCAAAGUCGGCGGUGGCGAUGGCGGCGGCGGUGUUGGCCAAUUUCACCAUAAGCUUCACGUCCCCAGCAAGCUGGCCGACAAGCCGGUAUGGCAGCGCAUCUGGGAGCUGCUGCUUCACCACCCGCUGGUGCCGCUUGCCUGCCGCCUGACCGUGCUCAUGACCUCGAUUGUGGCUCUGGCGGUGGCCAUCGAGAUUCAUAAACGGGAGCGGCUCAACACGGUGGGGAAGGCUGGCAGCUUGGGCAACGCGCCAGAGCGGACGCAGGUGAUCGUGGCUAUUGUUGUUGAUGUGGUGGCGGUGCCGUACAUUGGCUAUAUCACCGUGGACGACUAUACGGGCAAGCCGUUGGGUCUGCGCCCGCCGGCGGAUCGCAUUCGGCUCAUCUUGACGGACCUGUUCUUCAUCAUAUUCAAGUCGGCAAGCACGUCGCUCGGGUUCGAGGCCAUGAUCUUUGUGUCCUCCGAAGGCAGCGAGGGCCUUCUGCGGACGUUGGGGGCCUUUGAGCUCAUCGGGCUGGUGUCGUGGGCUCUCACGCUGACGAUUAACAUCUUCCGAGUAAUAGAGCGGCUCGGGGGCUGA